AUGACAAAUAAAAAAUUAAUUUUUUUUUAUUUUUUAAUUUUUAUUUUAAAUAUUGUGAAAUCAAUAUCAAUAAAUAUUAAUAAUAAUAAUAAUAACAAUAAUUUAUUAAUAAAUAAUUUUGAAAAUAAUAAUAAUAAUAAUAAUAAUAAUAAUAAUAAUAAUAAUAAUAAUAAUAAUAAUAAUAAUAAUAAUAAUAAUAAUAAUAAUAAUAAUAAUAAUUAUGUUUUAUUUAAACCAUAUGGUACAGAUUCAAAAUGUUUAAAUGAAACUAUGGGUGGAUUAGGAUUUAUAAUUCUUGGUAAUAAAUCAUGUAUUGCAAAUAAUGGUAUAAGUUUAACAGUUAAUAUAAAUGAACAACAAAAGAAUUCAGUUGAAAUUUGUAAAUACUAUAGUAAUAAUUGUAAAAAUUUAAUUGCAUGUCAAAUAUUUAUUGGAAAUGGUGAACAGUGUUAUGAUCCAUUCUCAAGUUCAUUUUUUUAUAAUUCACCAAUACCAGCAUCAUAUACAAAAAUGUAUAUUUUAAUAAAUAAUAGUAUUAUUAAUAAUAAUUAUUUUUCAAAUGAAACAAUAUUUGGAUAUAAUUUUAAACAAUAUUCACAAUCAUUAAGUCAAUGUGAACCAGAUUUAGAAUUUCAAUAUAGUUUAUUUAUUACAAAUAAUUAUAUUUUACCAAAUUUAAAUUAUCCAUCAUUAACACAAACUUUUAAAUGUAAUGAACAAUUAAAUAUACCACAAUUAUUAAUUGGUGAAUCAAUUAUAAAUAUUAAUCAAACUUGUACAAAUUCAAAUAAUUUAAAUAAUAUUUAUAAUUAUAAAAUUACAUGUUAA